AGCAGGAAGUGUCCGAGAAGCGGGAGGAGGCUGCACUAUGGCUCCGGACCCCUGGUUCUCCACAUAUGAUUCUACUUGCCAAAUUGCACAAGAGAUUGCUGAGAAAAUUCAACAACGAAACCAGCAUGAAAGAAAUGGUGAAAAUACAACCAGGGUCCAGCCUGAUGACGGGAGGGGCCAAGCGAGGCGUCCCAAACCCUUGGCUCUUUGAGGAGCCGGAGGAGACCAGAGGCUUGGGUUUUGACGAAAUCCGGCAACAGCAGCAGAAAAUCAUCCAAGAACAGGACGCAGGCCUUGAUGCCCUUUCUUCCAUCAUCAGCCGCCAAAAGCAGAUGGGGCGGGAGAUUGGCAAUGAGCUGGAUGAACAGAAUGAAAUAAUUGAUGACCUUGCCAACCUGGUGGAUAAAACAGACGAGAAGCUUCGCACUGAAACCAGGCGUGUGAACUUGGUGGACAGAAAGUCAGCAUCUUGCGGGAUGAUAAUGGUGAUUUUACUGCUGCUUGUGGCCAUCGUGGUCGUCGGGGUCUGGCCUACCAAGUAGUGGCAGUAAAGGGACCACCAGCUGUGACACCUGCCGGUGAUGGAGGAAAGCUCAGCACCCUUUUGAUACAUGAAAGCUGCUCUCAAUAAAUUCCCUCGAAGCGC